GCAUUGUAUGAUUUUUAAGUCUUAAGACUUUAAGUCAUGUGUGUCGGAGUGACGGUAAAUGUCAGCAGGUUAAAGGUCACACUGUGCAGGUCUGGUCGGCUGCGCCCCGCUGAGUGUCGUCGUUGGGCGGCCGGCAGGCAGCUGCUGUUUCUCGCUGUGGAUUGUGGGAGACGGAACGACCGCACCGAGCGAGGAAGCCGUCUUACCGGAGACAUUUUAAACGCCCUUGCCUUGUUUUUUAACGAGCCAAACGCUGGUACCGCCCUAUUGAGCCAUGUCGAGCCGAGGUGGCAAGAAGAAGCUGACUAAGACGUCCCGGUCCACUAAGGCCGGCGUCAUCUUCCCCGUGGGCCGCAUGCUGCGCUACAUCAAGAGGGGCCUGCCCAAGUACCGUAUCGGGGUGGGAGCGCCCGUGUACUUGGCGGCCGUCCUGGAGUAUUUGACCGCUGAGAUCCUGGAGCUGGCGGGCAAUGCAGCCAGAGACAACAAGAAGGGUCGCGUCACACCGCGACACAUCCUGCUGGCCAUUGCCAACGACGAGGAACUCAACCAGUUGUUGAAGGGCGUGACCAUCGCUGCCGGAGGCGUCCUGCCCAACAUCCACCCUGAGCUCUUGGCCAAAAAGAGAGGCGCCAAAGGCAAACUGGAGACGCCCCUCUCGCCCGCCCCAGAGAAGAAAACCAAGCCGGCCAAGAAGACGAUGGCCAAGAAGCUGGGCGGGAAGAAGGCAGCCGGGAAGGCCAAGAAACAAGGGGAGGCGAGCAAGACGGCGUCGGCAGACAGCACCACCGAAGGUUCCCCAGCGGACAGUUUCACCGUGCUGUCCACCAAGAGUCUCUUUCUGGGUCAGAAGCUCAACCUCAUCCACAGUGAGGUCAGCAACUUGGCUGGCUUUGACGUGGAGGGGGUCAUCAACCCCACCAACGCUGAACUUGAGCUAAAAGAUGAUCUAGGUUCUGCCCUGGAAAAGAAGGGAGGGAAGGAGUUUGUGGAAGCGGUGCUGGAGCUGAAAAAGAAGAACGGACCCCUGGAUGUGGCAGGCGCAUUGUUAACCGGCGGCUUCGGCCUUCCCGCCAAGUACGUCAUCCACUGCAACAGUCCAGCAUGGGGCUCAGACAAGUGCGAGGAGAUGCUGGACAAGACUGUGAAGAACUGCCUGGCUCUGGCGGACGAGAAGAAGCUCAAGACGGUGGCCUUCCCGUCUAUCGGGAGCGGAAGGAACGGCUUCCCGAAGCAGACGGCGGCCCAGCUGAUCCUGAAGGCCAUCUCCAGCUACUUUGUGGCCACCAUGUCGUCCACCAUCAAGACCGUGUACUUCGUGCUGUUCGACAGCGAGAGCAUCGGCAUCUACGUGCAGGAAAUGGCCAAACUGGAGGCGAGUUAGAAGACUUUUGCAGACAUUUUGUUUUUUCACACGACAAGCUAAACAGUUUGCUAAUCAUUUGUUUAAUAUGAAAGAAAUGUUUCUAAAGGCCGGGAACUUUUUUUGCAGUAUAUUUUUUCCUAUCUAUGUUUUUAAUUUCCUGAAUGUUAACCUUUUCGCUGUUUCAACGUCAUUGUGCGCUGCUUUUAACAGCGCCACACUUACGCUAUUGGAGGGGUUUCAUUUUCUCAACAGGAUUUACAGACAAGUCGUAUUAAAAAAACAACAACAAAAAAUGGGUAACUGCAUGUUAAGGCAGCAUUCAUAGUAAAAAAAAAAAAUCUUUUUCAUCUCAGUGAUGCUCUUGUGUUUUUACGUGUCGCCUUCAAAUGUAAAUUGACAAAGAUUGAAAGUGGACACAAGAAAUUUCUUUUUUGCGUUAUGUGUCGUUUAUGCAUUUGUGCCCUGCAGAGAUCUUUUUUUAAUGGAAAAAAGUAAUCCUAGGCCUAAUAAUCUUAUUGAUUUUUGGAUCAAAGUAAAAAAGUUUCCAAAGUAAAAAUUGGAAAGAGGUGUGUGGAUUUUUGCAGGGCACUGCUGGUUUGUAGAAGGUGUUUAUAUUGAUGUUUGUAGAUGGAGUAUCUGUGUAGACUUCUAGUUUGUAACAUAGAUGAUUAUGUUGUGUUUUAAUUUGCACAUCUAAAAAGGCACUGGUUGAUUUGAAAGCCAACAAUGUAUCACAUUGUUCCUUGUGUGUGUUUGUGUGUUUUGUCCUAUUCAUUUAGCCGUAAAGACUAUUACAUUAAUACAACCCUGCUGUGCCAGCCUGUGGCCGCUAGAUGGCGCACUGUGCUCAGGUAUUGGUGAAGUACUUUUCCUCUUUUUUUUUUAAUUUGGAUUUAAACAAAACAAACUUUCAACUUUCUUAUUGUUAUUAUAACUAAAAACAAAUGCUUUCUAAAGAGUUACUACUUACAAUUGCAGAUUCUACAGUUCAAAAAAAUGUCUACACACUCGGUUAAUAAAAUGUUUGAAAACA